CUGGGACUGGUUUCUUCAACUUCACACAAAAUUACUUUUUCCAAUUCUUAGAGCAAAAAUCCGAAACCUGGGAUUCACCAUUUCUUCUUCUUCUUCUUCCCCUCCGAUCUCUCUCUGUGAUUCUCAAGAAAUGGGUAUUUCAUGGAGUAACAGAAGAAGAAACAAUUACCUUCAAAACCCUGCUCCGCCUCCGCCGUACCUCUCUUCUUCCUCUUUCUAUUACCCUUCUGAACCUCCGUCUCUUUCUCCGCCGCCGCCGCCGCACAGCAACCCUUACGCUCCAACUCCGCAGCCGCUACCUCUGCAACCCCCUCCUCCUCCGCCUCCCCCUGCUCCUCACUCCUACUACUUUUCUGGUGGGUAUAAUUCGUGUAAUUAUGCGGCUUCUACCAUGGGGCGGUUCAAUUUUCAUCCUUAUUAUGCCAAUCAGAGUAAUGGGUGGUCCCAAAUUCGGCCGGCCAUGGGUCCGCCGUUGCUUCCGCCCCCGCCCCUGCCGUUUGUGGAGCACCGGCAGGCGAAGAAGGUUAGAAAUGAUGUGAAUGUGCAUAAGGAUACUCUGCGGAUUGAGGUGGAUGAGCAGAACCCCGAUCGUCACUUGGUUUCCUUCGUUUUCGACGCGUUGUAUGACGGAAGCAUAACCAUUCUAUUUUUUGCCAAGGAAGAGCUCAACUGUAGGUUUGUUCCAGUAUAUCCCGAAGCCUUUAAGCCGGUGAGAAUCCCAUUUCAGAAAGGUCCUGCUCAGAAGUUCUUUCAGCCUGUGGGUACAGGCUUUGACUUGGGAUUUUUUGAGUUGGACGACCUCUCAAAACCCUCACCUGCAGAGGACAUUUUUCCUCUAGUUAUUUCAGCUGAGACUUGCUCACCCUCCCAGUCCAAUGAUGAGCGUAUUGGCGAGCCUCAACCAGAUAAUUCACAUAUGCAAAUUACUCAAGCUGUUCUGGAGAAGAAAAAUGGUGGUCCUUUCCAAGUUAGAGUGAUUAGGCAGCUUCUUUGGAUUGAUGGAGUGCGAUAUGAAUUACGAGAGAUAUUUGGAAUAGGUAGUUCAUCAGCAGAAGGCUUUGACGACAACGACACCGGGAAGGAGUGUGUGAUUUGCAUGACUGAACCCAAGGAUACCGCCGUAUUACCAUGCCGACAUAUGUGCAUGUGCAGUGAGUGUGCCAAGGAACUGAGGCUUCAAUCCAAUAAAUGUCCUAUUUGCCGUCAACCAAUUGAAGAACUUAUAGAAAUCAAGAUAAAUAAUAGCGACCAGUGAGAAUUUCCUCUUCAUCCUACGUUGGUUUGCAUGGUAUGGCUGUUAAAUUCUUUGGUUUUUGAUGUGUCAUAGUCACAUAUUCGACUGCAUUCUUUUUACACACACAUAUAUAUGUAUAUUUCUUCUUCUUCAUUUACAUAAUAUAGUGUAGUAUUCACAACUUGAUGGUACCAUGUCAUGUCUAACUAUUAAAUAAUGUCAUAACCAGUCAUCCAUGAGCCAACUUUCUACUGUAACGUAUGUAUAUGAACAUUUACGAUUCAUCUGUUAUUGUGUUUGUCGACGUGCAUGCAAGAGACCGUGCACGUGUGUAUGAGGAGGGGGUCGGGUUUUUCCUUUUGUUUGUUUGUAGAAGCAGCGAGUGAGGCAAAUUCAAGAAUCUCAAGAAGCUUAUUAGUGGGAAAAAUGAUGAUUGAGAAGCAGUGUUGUCACCUUACACACACUAAUUAGUUUUGAAUCUGAGUGAGCCUCCUCCCCAAAUUAUGACCUUUUUGAUUUGUCUUUUUUUCUUUUGAAUGAUAUGUGAGAGUUGUUUUCAAUGUUGACAUUGUUGGUAACAUGCUAUAAAUGGCAUUUUCAUCUGCUUCUCCAUUUAUGAACCACUAUUUAUUGAACAUGUGGUGUUCAGGUGAUGAAAUGCACAACUGGGUCAAUGUGAUGAGCCUGGAUUCUUGUUACCUUU